AUGCCAUCCACCGCCCGACCCACAGCGACAACCGGCAGCUUUGAUGAGGCCCAAACCUGCGAGAAGGCGGCGGAGAGACAGGCCGGCAUCUCACCUGCACAGGGCGGCAAAACUGAGAAAACCCCCGAAACCAAGCACUGUCACGCCUCGGGCACCCUCUACUUUAGGAGCGACCCUACCCCAGCCAAACGACUCACCCAAACGACACCUAUUAUGCCCGCAGACUCAACGCAUCGAAACGCGACUACAUGGGCAUCAAUGGCAGGGCCCUGCACAGCCCCAAUGAGGCAUCGGUUGAAAAAUCAAAAGCGCACUGCAUACCUGGUUCCAUGA